CUGAAUAGUUGCCCUAAUUUCACCGUUUGCAGUUUGCUACUUCCAUUUUUGAGGGUUUCUUUCUCAAAUCGGAGGAUAUAAAACUCAAGAAAUGGAGAGUUCGGAAGGGAAGAUGGUCUCUGGACAUGAAAAGGAGUUGACUCAGUGUGUCAGAGUGGCUGUUAAUAUCCGGCCGCUGAUAACCACCGAGCUUCUCCUUGGGUGUACUGACUGUAUCACUAUUGUUCCUGGAGAGCCUCAGGUUCAAAUAGGAACUCAUGCAUUCACAUUUGACCAUGUAUUCGGAAGCAGCAGCUCUCCAAAUUCUGCUAUAUAUGAUAGCUGUGUUGCUCCAUUAGUUGAUUCUUUAUUCCAUGGUUAUAAUGCUACAGUUCUUGCUUAUGGGCAGACUGGUUCAGGAAAGACAUACACAAUGGGGACUAAUUAUACAGGAGAGGCAAAUAGUGGUGGAAUUAUACCAAAAGUUAUGGAAACGAUAUUUGCAAAGACAGAACAACUGAAAGACAACACAGAAUUUCUCAUCCGAGUCUCCUUUAUUGAGAUUUUCAAGGAAGAAGUGUUUGAUUUGCUCGACCAGAGCUUACAUUCAUCUUUGAAAAGUGAAGGGGCUUCUUUAGCCAAGCCUGCCAUUCCUGCUAGGGUUCCUAUUCAAAUUAGAGAGACAGUGAAUGGUGGGAUAACUCUUGCGGGGGUUACAGAGGCAGAGGUUAGGUCGAAGGAAGAAAUGGCAUUAUAUUUGGCUCGAGGUUCUUUAUCUCGUGCCACUGGAAGCACAAAUAUGAAUAGCCAAUCAAGUCGUUCACAUGCCAUAUUUACAAUAUCCAUGGAACAAAAGAGAAGCACUAGUUGCCUGAAAGCACUAGCGAAUAGCGAUGAAGUUGGUGAUGACAUCCUAUGUGCGAAGCUUCAUUUGGUGGAUCUUGCUGGUUCUGAACGUGCAAAGCGAACAGGAGCAGAUGGAUUACGAUUCAAAGAAGGUAUUCAUAUCAACAGAGGAUUGCUAGCUCUCGGCAAUGUAAUCAGUGCUUUGGGUGAUGAGAAAAAGAGAAAGGAAGGGGGGCAUGUUCCAUAUCGCGACAGCAAGCUGACUCGCCUAUUGCAGGCAAGGAUACUCAAUUUGUUUACUUUGCUUUUACCUUCCACUCAAACUGACCAACCAUUGGGUCUUGUCUUAAUUGUGACGUUGCUUGCCAUUGAUGUUGAGAAGAUCUUUAUUAUUCUUUUUUCAGGAUUCUUUAGGGGGAAACAGCAGAACUGUGAUGAUUGCCCAGCAGAUACUAAUGCUGAGGAGACAUUGAAUACCUUGAAGUAUGCUAAUCGUGCUCGCAACAUCCAAAAUAAAGCAAUUAUAAAUCGCGAUCCGAUGGCAGCACAGAUGCAAAGAAUGCGGAGCCAAAUUGAGCAAUUGCAAGCUGAGCUCCUCUAUUUUCGUGGUGAAGGUGCUGCUCCUUUUGAGGAACUACAGGUUCUCAGGCACAAGAACUCGAUGCUUGAAGCUAGCAACGCUGAACUACACCAAGCCCUUCAAGAGCGUCAAAAUGCUUGUGAACAUUUAAAACAACGUGCUAUAGAUGCUCAGGUUGAUAAAGAUAAGCUGAUUAUGAAAAUUGAAUCGGCUCGAAAUGGAAAAUCUUGGGAUGAGAUUGAUAACGCUGAGGGGGAGAAGGAUUUUGAUUUAUUGAAGACUUAUGUGUCCAAGAUUCAGGAGCUAGAAGGAGAUCUGCAGAGGCUGCGAGGCUUGAAUGGUUCUAAACGCAAUAGUUUAAUGGAUUGCUUUGAUUUAGAGGAUGAUGGGCUCCGCCCCAAAGAAGCACAUCUGGCAGGUCUUUAUGAUUUUUCUCCUCUUGGUGAUGAUAAAGCUAUUGAAAUAUCUGGUGAUGCUGAAGUAGUCGAGAAGGAGCUAGAACAUUCUUCUCUACAAGAUAAGUUGGAUAAGGAGCUUCAAGAAUUGGACAAAAGACUUGAGCAGAAAGAGGCGGAAAUGAAACGCUUUUCAAAGGUUGAUACAUCAGUGCUUAAGCAACACUAUGAGAAGAAAUUACUUGAAUUGGAGCAGGAAAAGAAAGUUUUGCUGAAAGAGAUUGAGGAUCUGCGAUGCAAUCUUGCCAAUAUUUCAUCUACCUCUGAUGAUGGUGCUCAAAAGCUGAGGGAUGAUUAUAUUCAAAAGUUGAACUUUCUUGAAUCUCAGGUGUCAGAGUUAAAGAGAAAGCAAGAAGCACAAUCUCAACUCUUGAGGCAAAAGCAAAAAAGUGAUGAAGCAUCAAAAAGGCUUCAGGAAGAGAUUCAGAGAAUAAAAACUCAGAAGGUUCAACUGCAACACAAAAUCAAGCAGGAAUCUGAACAAUUUAGGGCAUGGAAGGCUUUGAGGGAGAAAGAAGUUCUUCAGCUCAAGAAGGAAGGAAGGCGGAACGAGUAUGAGAUGCACAAGCUCUUGGCGUUGAAUCAGAGGCAAAAGAUGGUUUUGCAACGGAAGACUGAAGAAGCUUCCAUGGCUACUAAAAGGCUAAAAGAGCUACUAGAAUCAAGGAAGGCUUCUUCCCGCGAAAAUUCUGGCAUUGCCAAUGGGAAUGGUCCGGGUAUGCAGGCACUGAUGCAAGCUAUUGAGCAUGAGGUUGAAGUUAUGGUUCGUGUGCAUGAAGUUCGUUCGGAAUAUGAGCGACAAAUGGAAGCGAGGGCGGCAAUGGCGAAAGAGGUAGCAAAGCUUAAGGAAGAAUCUGAAAUGCUUAAGCAGAAAACUAUGAGUAACAGCCCCCAGACAAUGUCUCCUGGUGCAAGAAAUUCCAGGAUUUUUGCACUGGAAAAUAUGCUGGCUACUUCUUCCAGCACCCUUGUAUCCAUGGCGUCACAGUUAUCGGAAGCAGAGGAGCGAGAGCGUAUCUUUAGUGGCAGGGGUCGCUGGAAUCAAGUUCGAUCACUUGCUGAAGCAAAAAACCUGAUGAACUAUUUGUUCAACUUACUAUCAUCCUCAAGGUGCCAGUUACGAGAUAAAGAGGUGGAUUGCAGGGAGAAGGUUUCAGAGAUAAAAGACUUGAAAGAGAAGGUGGUCAGACUCAACAGCUUAGUUAGGCAGAUGGAAGUGCAAGUGGCUGAAAUGCGUCAACAAGAGAAGAUUCGGAGAUUAGCAUCUAAGAAUGUUUUGACAGGAAGUCCUGCAUCUCAAUUCUCAAUUAUUGGGGAUGAAAAGCGCCCGUACGACCUGCGCAAGGGUCCACGGAGCUCCCAGGUUUACAGCUAUGUCGGAAAUAUCGGGGACUUGGAGGACAUGGACACAUCAGAUUCUGAUCGAUCUGACCAGGAUUAUGCUGGUUAUGAUGAUGAUGAUGGUGAUUGGGUAGAGUCUGGAAAGCUAAAUGUGAAGAAGAGGGGAUCUAAAAUAGGAGCUCAGCAAGCCAUUUCAUCUUCUCAAGAGGAUGGCAGGAACCCGGAAAGUUUGAAUUCAGAGAACUUGACCAAUGAGGAAGCAAUCAACAAGAAUGAGAAGUCUGCAUCCAACAUCUGUUGUUCCUGCAGCAAGUACUCUUCAUGCAAAACUGGGAAAUGUGAGUGCCGGGCUUCAAGUAGAACAUGUGGGCAAACUUGUGGUUGCAGAUCCAGUAAGUGUGCUAAUAGAGAAGGCAGCAACAUGAUCAAGGAGGUGGACAGCUCAUCACAGACAGAAAUAAGUGAGGGUAGCGGGAUUGGUUCGUCACCUGACUCAGUUGGCACCAAUGACGCCGAGAACAACAGGGUACUUGCUUCACAUGGUGCCAUGCUACUUCAGAGUGCACUGAGUGAGAAGCCUGUUGAGUUGAAAGAUGGUGAUACACAGCAAAGAAGGCCCCUAUCAGAUAUCGGCAAUACCGUGAUCAAGUGCAACGCGCCCAGGCCAAGCCAGAGGAAAAAAUGGCGCAAGUCGGAGAUCCAGCUUGUUCCGGCAGCACCCCUGGCUUCCACUCAACCAGAGAGCAAUGAAGCACCAAAGCCAAUGGACAAUGUGAUCGAGCCCGACAUUCCUCUGAAGUUACCGAGGGCGAUGAACCCAACAACUGUAGUAAGCAACCCCUUGAGAGAGAGGAACUCCCAUCUCUCGAACGAAUCUGCAAGUGAGAAGGAAGCCACCGCAAAUGCUCGAAGAAGCCCUGUCCGACGGGCAGCAGAUUUAAAUGAGAAAGAGAACAACCGGAUAUGAGUUUGUGGUACAUUAGUGGAAUUCACAAUGCUGUUGGUCUGCUAUUUCUAACUACCUUGUUAUUUUUCCCCAUGAGUUCAGAAGCUGGGUAAUGGCCGCCGUGUGAUGGAUUCCUCCGGCGGGUCUGCCGACAGCGAAAAUGGGGACUGACGGAAUGUGAUUAGUAAGGAUUGUUCGGUAAGCGGAUUGCUUUCCCAGUCAUUUGCAAGAGACAUUAUGUAAUUUAGUAUGAGCCGGUGUUGUUGUUGGGCUUAGUCCGGCGCCUGUUAUCUCUCAUAUGAUUCGGUGAUGGCGCGUAUCUAGAAGCGUUUUGGAAGUUAGAAUUUUCAAAGUCCAUUUUGAAAUGCAUGUUAUGAUUCCCGCC